AUGGAGGCGCUCCUGAGGGAGGCGGGCGAAGGCCUCGGGCACGGGCGCGGUGACAGCGGCAACAACACGUGUCGGUCCGUCGACGAGCUCAAGGCGCGGAUCACGGCACUGUUUGCGGGCAAAGUGUCGGAGAUGCACGCGGAGCACGUCUCGGCGUCGUUUGACGUUCCAGCGGAGGUGGUGCUGAACCUGGGCGACGCGCUGGCACAACGAAACGGCGGGUCAGACAACGAUCCCGUGGUAGCAGCAAUACGGGGUGGUGCACUGGCGGGCGGCGUGCUGCGCAACGUUGUGACGGUGCGUGAGGUGGUCAUGAGCCAACCGGAGGUCAACCCGCUGCUGCAGCGGGCGGUGGCGGCGUUCCUGAUCAUCCAGGUGCGGCAGGCGGACGGCAGCACGUGGACGGCGCAGGAACCGACAAAAGCGACGCAAGGGUGGACCAUACCGUACGUGUGCCAAAACUCCAUGGCGUGCUGGCACCAGGCACACAAACGGUCGCGCGUCGUGGGGCAGUCGGCGCUGGAGGACAUGCAGGACCCGCUGAGCCUGUCCCGCCCGGCGUACGACUGCCGCGGCGUCGUCAUAUUUUCGUUUUCGCGCUUCAGCCGGUCGGUUGUCGUCACGUAUGAGCACACCAACUUCCACCGCAGCGUGUCGCAGCUGGCAGCGCUGUUCCCGCCUCCACGACCGCCAUCGCCGAUCGGCCUGCCCCUUGCGACGCCCGGCUCGGCGAACAAGCGCCAGAAGACGAUGGCGACGACGGCGACGACGAGCGGCGAGCCCAAGAAGAAGAGGCAGAAAAAGGCGUCGGCAAAUGGUGCUGUGGCAGACGGGCCCGUCCCGGAAGGCCAGGAGCUGACGGCCAACGGGGCGCCCAAGAAGCCAACGAAGCCGAGGAAGUCGUCGGAAAAGAAGAAGAAGGGCAAAGAAGGCGAGGCCGGCCAGGCAGCCGUGGUCGGCGGCACUGCAGGCGAUGGAGCAAGCGCGGCAGCCGUUGGCGGGGCGGAGGGCGUCUCAUCCAUUGCAUCCGCGGCGACGGAUAUGAUGAUGGACCUGGGCAUCGAUGUUGGCCACGAUACCGAUCUGAACGAAAGCCAGAUGGCGGAGGCGUUACUGCGACAUCUGAACGACUACCCGGAAGACAACACGGAGACAGCAGCAGCCAUGAUGGAUGCCCUUGUUGAGCACAGCGCCGCGUCAGGCUCGGCAGCAGCGCCGCGUGGAACCGACCAUGCCGAGACAACAGCACCACCAGCACAACCACCAGCAGAACCGGUCACGGAUGCAUCGGCCACUACGACAAACACGCGCAAGGCACCGUAUCAGACGGUCACGGACGCCGAGGUGUCUACGAUACGCAAGCUGUCGGCCAUCAGGCUGCUCACGAGCCGCAAUGUCGACCCGGGCACGCUGACGCACGACCAGUUCUGCACAUUUGCGAACCAGGCCCCUGCCCUCCAGAAGGAGUCGUUGGAGCUUCUGGCGCACUAUGGUGCCGAGCGCCUGGCCAUUGUGCCGGCGGACAAGAACGCCAACAAGACACAUUCGCCCUCGCCUGCUCCGGCAGCGGCUGCAACAUCGACCCCGGUCUCAGUCCCAGUCCCAGCCCCAGUUCCAGGCCCAGUUCCAGCCCCAGUCGCGGAUGCUACAAAGACAAAGAAGUCGCCUGGCAAGAAGCCGGCAGCCAAGAAGAAACAGACCGAGGACGGUGGCGCGGUAAAUAACGCGACUGCCACGCCCACAACAGGCGUCGCUCUACCUGGCCUCCGCAGCACGGACAGCAAUGCGUCCGCCUCGAGCUGGCAGCCGCCACAGCACCAAACAGCCAUACCACUUCCACAGACAGCCACGCCAGCAUCACCGGCCGCCAAGCCAACGCCACAGCGGCGAAAGUCGACCGCGAACAAGGCGCACCAGAACACUGCCGCUGUCGUAGAAAGUGCAAGCGCCCAGACCCCAGCACAGUCAUAUGUGGCACCGACAAACGUGUCACCAGUGCCCCUACCUCUUACGGCUUACCCGCAGGCGGCUGUGUCCACCACGGCCUCUACCUCAGCAGCGGCAGAAGCAGCAGCAGGAGCAGCAGAUGCGCCGACAAAGGGGUCGGCAAAGAAGUCGCGUGCAUCCCGGAAAAAGAAGGAUGCCACGCCAGCGCCGGCAACAAAGCCAAGUGUCCAAAGCGCCCAGUCAACAAUGGCAUACGACGCGGGUACCGGGGAUCAGCAGUCCGGCAACUCCUACAGUGCCUACCAGCGGACGACACAGCCACAGCAGCCGCCGCAGCAACAAUACAGCCACACGUCGAGCAGUGCAAAUAUGCAGCGGAACCAACACGCCGCAUCCGUCUUGUCGCCGCCCCUGAUCAACGCGCAGCAGGCCAGUCCCAGCCUAUCAGCUUAUAACAACAAAAACAACAAAAACAACAGAAACAACAGAAACAACGGCAACAACGGCUACAACGGCUACAACGAUAGGACAACCGCAACGUACAGCACACAAGCGCCCAACGAGGCCGCUGGUCAGACGGCGGACACUUCAACGGGCUACAACCAAUACGGCGACUUUGGACGAAACAACGGCACGACGGCCGACCCAAACGCAUAUGCUGCAUCGGCCACACUACAACAACAUCAGCAGCAACAGCAGCAACAGCAGCAACAGCAGCAGCGGCAACAAAGCUACCCACAGGGCCGCCAGCGGCAGCAGUCUGCUCCCCGCCAGCCUCUGCCGCAGCACCAGUCCGCACAGCACCACCAGGACACGGCUGCGCAGCAAGCCGCCUGGUCCCAUUAUGGAACAGCCACAAUGACCCAACAGCACCAACAGCAGCCGCAGAGCCAGAGACACUCGCCCGUCGCAGCCUAUGGAGCCACUACCCAACAGACAUAUAGCAACGACAACAAGAACAACAAUAAUACUACUACUGCUGCUGCUGCUGCUGCUGUUGCUGGCGCUGCCAUCCGGUCCGGAACGCGCACGCCUUCCGGUGCUGCCAAUAGCGCUGGCUACGGACACACUGCCGCCGGCGGUACCGGUGGCUACCAGCAGCCGCAGACCCAGCAGAACAUGCACAACCACUUGCCGCAGCAUCACCAGUACCAACAGCCCCCGCAGCAGCAGCAGCAGCAACAACAGCAACAACAUCACGCACGCUCCAGCAUGGGCCACAGUGCAUAUGGUAACAACCAAGUGAUGAACGAGGACAUCUACGAGAUUCUGCGUGGGACGCAGGGCUAG